AUGGCCGACACUGCCCCCCAAACAGCCGCGAGGGAGCAUCACGAACCAACUCAGACGGUGGACCACAAAGCCGAGAUACUAGCCUCCCAGAUCAGGAAGAGCAAGCACUUUAUCAUCUUUACUGGUGCUGGAAUUUCCACCUCUGCCGGUAUCCCGGACUUUCGUGGACCAGAAGGAUCAUGGACUCUGCUCGCCCAAGGUCGACAACGAACAGCCCCUUCAACCAGCACGCUGCAGGCUAUACCAACUCCUGCACACAUGGCGUUGGUGGAAUUACAAAAUAGAGGUGUGCUCAAGUAUGUGGUGAGCCAGAAUUGCGACGGUUUGCAUAGGCGAAGCGGAAUCCUCUCGAACAAGAUAUCAGAAGUACACGGCAACAGUAAUUUAGAGCACUGCAAGACAUGUGGCAAAGAGUACCUCCGUGAUUUUCGCGCAGUGGCUUCAUACGAGAAAAGCGUCCACGACCACCGCACGGGAAGAAAAUGUGCCGUAUGUGGAGGCAUGCUAUUCGACACCAUCAUCAACUUUGGCGAAUCUCUCCCUGAAACAGCCUUGGCACUCGCCUGGGAAAACGCGCAGAUGGCCGACUUGUGCCUCGUCCUCGGAUCGUCCUGUACAGUCACGCCCGCAGCAGAUAUACCUGAACUUGUGGGGCGUAAUAAAUCGGCGAAACUCGCGAUAUGUAACCUUCAACAGACGCCGCUCGACGACGUAUCCGACCUACGUGUGUUUUCCACAGCAGACGACCUGAUGGUUCGUGUCAUGGAGAAGCUGGGCACUUCCAUUCCACGAUUCGUCUUGCGUAGGCGUGUAGUGCUGAGUAUUGGGACGAGAGCAGACGGAAGCUGCGGGAUUGUUGUUCAAGGCGUUGAUGCUGAGGGUGUGCCGAUGACAUAUCUCCGAUCGGUGAGGUUAGAAGGGAGUCGGCGGGGAUCAACCUCUGAGCCACAUGCUAUCAGUUUGAGGGAUGGUUUGGCUGUAGGAUGUAUAGUGAGGCUGGAGUUGGAGUUUAUGGGACAUUACAGGGAGCCGAAUUUGCAGAUUCAUUAUGAAGUUCGUGGGUUGAAAGAGGAGCAGGCGUGCUAUGUGCUUGAGUUUGACCCGUGUGGUGGUGGGUGGAUGACGAGAAGGGAGAGUUGA